GCCAUAUAUAAACACACACUAAUUAUAGCCUAAUUACCAUCGCCUCAAAUAGAAGAAGAAAGAAAAAAUGGCCGGCUUAUUACUAUUUCUUGCUUUGACUCUGCAACUCUGUGCACAUCAAAGCCACGGCUUCACCGCCGACCUCACCCACCGCGACUCGCCUGCGUCGCCUUUCUACGACCCUUCCAAGUCCAGGUUUCAAUCCCUCGCAGACGCCGCCCGCCGCUCCCAUUCCCGCGCCGCCUACCUCUCAUCCAAGCACAACUCCCUGACGGCGGCGGCGGCAGCGAACAAUGAGUUCUUCGCCACCAACUUGACCCCCGCCGUGGGAGAAUACACCGUGAAGAUCUCCGUCGGCACGCCGCCCGUGGAGACCUCCGUCCUGAUAGACACGGGAAGCGACCUGACGUGGACACAGUGCCUCCCAUGCACCAACUGCUUCCCGCAAAACACGCCCCUGUUUGACCCCACGAGGAGCUCCUCCUACAAGCCCUCUCUAUGCAACUCCACCUUCUGCGCCUACAACCGCGGUCUCUAUUGUGAUGAUGAUCAUAACAAUACCUCGUCCUCCCGGAGCCUUUGCCGGUUUCUGGUCGAAUACCUCGGGAAGACGUACACCGAAGGGAACGUGGCCACAGACACUAUCUCCCUGGGCGGCGUCUCCUUCCCGGACUUCAACUUCGGCUGUGCCCACAAUAGUAGCGACACCGGCUUCCAGGGCGCCAUCUCCGGCAUCAUGGGGCUCAGCCUUUCCCCGGUCUCCAUCAUCACACAGCUUCCCACGCAGGUAGCCGGGAAGUUCGCCCACUGCUUCUCAUCCUCACCCAACAUCUCAUCCCGCAUUGCAUUCGGCCCCGAUGCCGUGAUCACGGAUCCGAACGGCGUCGUUUCCACUCCAUUGGAUAGCUCUCUAGCUGCGAGAAUAAUAGGUAACUUUGGGUAUUGGCUCACGCUCGAGACUUUGAGCGUCGGGAACAAAAGACUAUUGCUAGAGAAGCCUUUGCACACAUAUUGGUUUGGGAAUGCGACCAUUGUCGCGGCCACCGGGACGUAUUACACCUACCUCCCAUUUGAGCUUUACGGCGCGUUUGAGAAGGAGAUGAGGAAAGCAAUUGGGGCGCCAAUGACGAAGAACGAGUACGGGCAGUUGUGUUACAAUGAAUCGGGGGUGGAAGUGGGGCGGCGUCCGAGGAUCGUGGCGCAUUUCGCGGGGAAUGCUGACGUGGAGCUUUCGCCGAAGGGCGUGUACGAGGAAUGGGGGAAUGGGGUGGUGUGUGUGACGCUGGUUUCGGAGACGGACGACAUUAACAUGCCCAUCUUCGGGGUGAAGUCGCAGAUGGACCAUGUUCUCUACUAUGACCUUGUAGACGACAACCAAAGGACACUCAGUUUUAAGGCUAGCCAUGACCAAUGUGCCACCUUUUGAUCAUUCUUACACUCCAAACUUGUUUUUGUAGUGGUAGCUAAAGAAUAAUAAUAAUAAUGAUAAUGCAUUUGUAUGCUGAAAUUAAGAGUAGGCAAUUUUGAAGUGAAAGUAUUGAUCCCUUUACACCAUAUUGUUUUUUUAUGAUUAUGAUUUAAAGAUUACGUAGUGGAGCUCCCUUUUGGGCUUGGUCCUCCCCCAUCGCAUAAUCACUACCUGAUCAUGAGGAGCUUCAUUUGCCAUCACACUAUAUUAUUAAGGAAAUAUUGCGAUUGCACAUAAUAAUAUAACUAAACAAUU